AUGAAUAAGAUAUUGCUACUAAUUUUCAUUAUUGCUUCCAGUUUGUUCGUCUCCGGAGUGACGUCGAAGAACAUAACCAUAGAGAACAAAUGCGAUUACACCGUGUGGCCUGUAUCCAGCGCUCGGGACCGCUUCUCCAACAACACCAACGGAUUUGCUCUCGAGAAAGGAGAGUCGCGUGUUAUCGUGAACUCGUUUUGGUCAGGUGCGAUAUGGGGUCGAACGCUCUGCUCGAGAAACUCAACAACAGGCAAAUUCUCAUGCGCUACGGGAGACUGUGGCUCCGGUGAAAUCGAGUGCGCCGAGUGGGACCAAGCCCCAGUGAAUACGACUCUAGCGGAGUUUCAAUUAAACAACGACAGUGUUGACUUGUACCGCGUCAAUGUCGUCUACGGUUACAACCUUCCAUUGCUGGUGGUCCCACAGAGAAUGUUCCUUGGUAUAGACAAAAUAUGCUCCAGUGUGGGUUGUGAUGUCGUUAACCUGAACCAGGCUUGUCCGUAUGACCUUAUGGUCGUAGAUGCUGAGGAACGGCCAAUCGCAUGCACUAACCCGUGCGAGGCACCAGAUUGCAUGCCGUCUUCUUACUCGGAAGGGUUCAAGGUCCCAUGUCCACAAGCUACUCUCGACUUUAGUGACGACAACUACAUGGCAUGCACAGGCUCCACGGAUUACCUCGUCACGUUUUGCCCUUCCUUCACUCCAAUCCCCACGAGACGCGUAAAAAGUGAAACAAAAAUUGGAACACUUGGAUUCACCAAUAAAACUACAACAGGAGCAAAACAUGAUAAGAAGUCUCCAUUGAAGUUAAAAGUCAUUCUCGGAAUGUCAACAGCUUUACUUGUGAUGAUCGUUGUUGUUGCUGCGAGUACAGUAGUAAUGAGAGCAAAGAAUGCUAGGAAAAAGAGUGAUUGGACCGGGGAAAACAUUGAAACAAUCGUAAUGUUGAAACAAUAUAGUUAUGCCAAAGUCAAGAAGAUGACAAACUCAUUCUCCCAUGUUCUCGGAAAAGGAGGAUUUGGAACAGUCUACAAAGGAAAACUACCAUAUGGAAGCGGUACUGAUGUUGCAGUAAAGAUCUUGAAGGAUUCAAAGGGCAAUGGAGAAGAAUUCAUCAACGAAGUAGCAAGCAUGAGUAGAACCUCUCAUGUUAAUAUCGUUUCUCUACUUGGAUUCUGCUAUGAAGGAAGCAAAAGAGCUAUAAUCUAUGAGUUUAUGCCAAAUGGGUCACUCGACAAAUAUAUAUCAGAGAGCAUGUCAACCAAGAUGGAGUGGGAAACAUUAUAUAACAUAGCAGAAGGUGUAGCUCGAGGGCUAGAGUACUUGCACAACCGUUGUGUGUCAAGGAUUGUGCAUUUCGAUAUAAAGCCACAAAACAUACUAAUGGACCAAGAUCUUUGUCCGAAGAUUGCAGAUUUUGGCCUUGCUAAGCUGUGCAAAAAGAAAGAGAGUAUCAUCUCGAUGCUCAACGCAAGAGGGACGAUAGGGUACAUUGCUCCCGAAGUGUUUUCAAAAAGCUUGGGAGGAGUUUCUCAUAAGUCGGAUGUGUAUAGUUAUGGAAUGGUGGUUCUUGAGAUUGUUGGAGCAAAGAAUAGAGAAAUGCAUGAACACUCUGGAUCCAACAAUAGUUCAAUGUAUUUUCCAGAUUGAAUUUAUAAAGAUCUUGAGAGGGAAGAAACCAUGAGAAUGUUUGGAGAUGAAAUGACGGAGGAAGAAAAUAAGUUAGUAAAGAAAAUGGUGUUGGUGGGUUUAUGGUGUAUUCAAACAAAUCCAUGUGAUCGUCCAUCGAUGAAUAAAGUCGUUGAAAUGUUAGAGGGAAGUCUAGAGGCUUUGCAUGUUCCACCUAAGCCUCUCUUAAGUUCACCCGCAGCAAUGGUCUCAGGAUCUGUUGAUGAGAGUCAAGAGACUUCAAGCCAGCUAGAGAGGAACUCUUUCCCCUUGCCAAGAUAUUGCAGAUGAGAGACAAUCUUCUUAUACCCAUGUUUGAUUUUGUUGGACUUUUGACAUUGUAUAUUUCCAUUGCGUAAAUGGAACCCCAUAUAUAAUCAGAUACCAUCAUUGGUAAAUGACCUAAUAUUUU